AUCUCAAAGAAUAUAAAAAAAUGAUUAAAAAGUCAUUUGUCAUGAUAUAGGGUUGGGAUUUAUGUUUCCACUAGUCUUUAAGCCCUAUUUUUAAGAGUUUUUUUUGUUAUAUUUGUAUUGGGUUUGGGAUGGAAUUAAUAUUUCUUGUGUGAUAAACCAAUCUACAAUAUUUUUUUUUUCAAUACAUUUAACGGAUUAUUACAGAAAAUCAAAGGGGUAUUAGUAAAAAUGUUGAGCGCUAAAAAGGUUCAGUUACAUGGUAUCAAAGAUAAACGAUGGAUAACAAGAGAUAAAGUAAAUCAAUACAAAGGAUUAGUCACACUUUUUCAAAGAGAAAAAGCAAUCGAGGGAUAUGAUAAAGUCGUUGUUAGAAAACAACAAGAGAAAAUAGUUCAUAAACUUAAUAAAAGUUUAAAAAAUCAGCGACAAGCUUUAGAUAACUGCAUUUAUGGUGAUCGACAAGAAAUACGGAAUUGUUUAAACGUAGAUAAUCGUUUAAAAUUAGCAUACCAAGAUUUACCAAUAGAGAAAAUUAUUGAGCAUAUCCACCAAGAAAAUUUUAAUCUUCGUAAAACGUUAGAUCGUUUAAUUUAUAAAAUCAAAUUAAGAACAGAACAUCUUAUAAAAUGUAAACUAGAGGUUGCUCAAUACGAAGAUACAGUAAUAGAACUUAAAAAGAAAAAUAAAAUUGAACUUAAAUCGCAAGAGAUGUCAGCGUUAGUACAAGAUGUUAUAUUACGAAAAGACGCAGCAAUUCGAGUCGGUGUUAUUUAUCGAAAAAUAAUUCACUUUAUGAGAAAAGAUAGGAUUUAUUUUGAUAGCGUUUUAAAUACUUUACGUGUCGAUUUUUAUAUACAAAACGAUUGCAUGGUUCAAGCAAUUAAUUUGGGACAAAUGGCCACAGAACAAAGAGACGAUUUAACACUUGAAUAUAACAGAGUUUUGUUAGCUGUGAAACAAUAUCAAGAAUUAUGUAAAAAAGAAAAUGAUUCAAAUUAUAAACCCAAAAAUUUGAAACAAUAUAUGGUUAAAUCUAAAGAACAGCUUGUCGAAAGAUGCCAAGAUUUACGUCCACCAUCUCCAUCAAUUGAACAUCGUAAACUUGAAGAAAUAUUUAGCAAUUUGAAACAAAUUACAAAAUCAAGUAAAUUAUGCGAAAUACUUCCUUGUAUGGAAUUGCAAAAGGAACUCUCAAACAAGUUCCACAACAUAAUUGAAAACUUAACAAAAGGACACGAAAAUUUAACGAAUAAAGUAAACCAUGCUCAAUUAUCCCUUUCAAAUUAUCUCUGUUUUAACGAUGAACCAUUAUCUUAUCAACAAGAAGUGCAGCAACUAAAGGAUACGAUGGAAGAAAAAAAUAAACAAAUUAAAGAAAUAAGGGCUCGUCAACAGAUUUUAAAUCAUGUAUGCACCAAAGUGGAUGCUGCGAUUAAACAAAUAGAUAUUACAUGUAACCCGAUUAUAAUUAAAAAGGAGGUUAUCCAAAAAAGUCAUCCACAAUUUACUCCUUAUUACGAGCAGUACCCGUUUACAAAACUGUUUGAUGAGAUUACGUUGAAAAUUUCGUAUCUACAAUCUGUUUAUAGCGACUUAGAUACAUAUUGCAUUCCACAAAGAGACAAAAGUUUGUACAAAAAUUUAUUAAAACCACUCAAUUCUGCUAUGUUGAAAACUACAAUGAAAAAACAGUCAUAUAUACAGUUUGCGCAGGCCGAGGACCCAUUGAUACUCACCAGGGAAGGUGUUAAAGAAAAAAGUUUAGAAUAUGCUAUGAAAGCUAAAAUGAUUUUAGAAGAUUUGUCAUAAAAAUUAAAUAAUAAAGAUGAUUUAACUGUUAUAAUAAAUUAUUCAUUUGUAAAUAUUGAUUUAUAAUAGUUCAUAACUUCUUUGAUUUACGAUGUACAGAUUUCUUAAAUUUUAAAGGUGCACCAAGAACAGUUUUCCAGCAUCCCCAUGAAACGAGAGAUAUCUUAUUUAGUACAUUUCACUUACAACUUUCAAGGCAAG